AGCGUUUACGCAACCACCGGGAUCGAGACUCCGAUCGAGCUUCAUUGUUCCGGCUCACCGUGAGCAGCUUGUAGGUCCCCCUUCCUGCCUGCCUACCGACCGAGCUCGCACUUUCGAAGUUGUGCUUCGUUCCUUUCGAAAUUGGAGGUGGUCAUCCACACAGUCAUGAGUGACGAUUGGGAGACAGCCGACAUAACACCGGUGGUGAAGCCGUCAGAUCGCUGGGAAGGCGAAGACGAGGACGAUGUCAAGGACAAUUGGGAUGACGAAGAUGAGGACGACCAGUCGGAUUCAACUCCAGUAGUGGCCUCCCAGCCCAAGAAGAAAAAGACUCUCCAACAGAUUCUCGCUGAGAAAGAAGAGAAGAAACGGAAAGAAGCCGAGGAGCGCAGGCUUAAGUUGGAGGCCGAGGCGAAGAACAACUCGCCCGAAGAGCAAAACCGCGAGAAGCUGCGGCGACAGAGAAUGCAAGAGGAGGCAGAUCUCCGAACCGCGAUGGAAACGUGUGGAGUCUCUGCGACCGGAACAAUCGAUUCCAUGGUACCUGUUGACAAGGACGACUACGACAAUCUCCGGAAAUUGCUCGUGGCGAAGUUAUCGCCCAACGAGAGUAGUCCGCUCUAUGUCGGGUUUCUCGAAGAACUCCUCAGAGACUUGACGGCAAAUCUCGAAGUCGAUGACAUCCGGAAACUCAGCUCCACUGUCAAUACUGUUGUCAACGAGAAGAUCAAGAUGACGAAGUUGACGAAGGGAAAAAAGAAGAAACAAGGAACUUCCCUGAAAGUCGAGCGCGACGAAAGAGACACGUUCGAUGACUACGGAGGUGGCGAAUUCGACGACUUCAUGUAGAACAUCUAACGUCGUCAAUUACAUUUGUCACUGUCUAUUCUUAAGAGGAUCUUGGAGUCCUUAUGGGCGACUGUCAUUUGCGGAUGCCAAGCCUAGUGUUUUUUAGUGUUGGGUCACUUGGGUCGUCAGUCGUCGUUAAGCUAUCUGAGCAGGGAGACAAGUGGAUGCAACCGUUGUUGUACAAUUCAUUUUCUAAGAAAUAUAAAACCAACAAAUAUAGCCUCGAUUACAAUUUAA